AUGUCAUCUUCAUCUUCUAGCAGUUCAUCCUCCAGCAGCUUGUCUGCUAAGGAUUCAUCCGCAAGAAACGCGUCUACCAGCUUGGUUUUCAGUGGCUCACCUUCCAGCGGUUCAUCUUCAUACUUAUCUACAGAUUCAGAUAAUUCAACAGUCAUAUGGCAGCAUGAAAGUUUCGACACAUUUCAGUUCAGUGUUCAUAUAUUCGCACUGAACAACGUAUGGCCCGAUGCGGAUUCGAAGGACGUAAAGAUAGAGAACAUGCAAGGAGGCGGAUACAAUCGAAUCAUUGGCUUCUCUCGACGACGGACUGGCAAUACAGACUCGGCAGAUAUCGAAUAUAUCUUGCGACUUCCUCGACGCAAAGCUACUGCACGGGUAGAGCGAGAUGCGGCCGCUUUGUAUUUCCUCGAGAGGCAUACCGGAAUCCCCGUACCAAAAGUCGUCGUGUUCGACACCACGGACAAAAACGAGUUGGAGUCACCGCACAUGAUCCAGGAUCGCAUUUCCGGUACUGACGCACUGACAACUUUUCGCUUGCUUACUCACGCCGAGAAGUUGCGGUUUGCCCGCGAACUCGGUCUUGUGUACCGCCAGAUGUUGAAUACAAAAAGUCACACCGCCGGCCGCAUAGAAUUCGCACCAACGCUAGAUGGUGAUCUCAAGGCCGAGUUCUACGUCGUCCCGUUCGGGCCUGAAGACACUCGCUUAGCCAAGCCCUAUAAACCCGCCGAUAUUCCCGCCAAGACCGUGCACGGCCUGCUCCUGAGCUUAUUCUAUGACCAGAAAGCGCAUAUCUUGAAGCACUAUCCCGAGGACACCCCGAAGCUGGAGCUCUUGAAUAGGUUCUGCUCGAUAGCGUGGGAUCUGGAACAGAAGGGUUGGUUCGACUUCACCCCCAACUGCGUCGCACACGGGGACCUGGCGCCGCGCAACAUCCUCGUCAACCCGACGGCCGACGUGACGCAGCCCAUCAUAUCCGCCGUGCUGGACUGGGACAGCGCCAUGUUCGUGCCGCAGUUCAUGGUGUGCGCGCCGCCGCAAUGGGUCUGGGAGGAAUGGCCUGAGAACGACGACGACGACGACGACGACGAUGACGAUGACGACGACGACGACGACGAUAACGAUGACGAUAACGAUGACGAUGACGAUGACGAUGACGAGGGCGAUGAAGAGGGCGAUGACGAGAGAAUAGCCGGUCAGGAACCGCCCACGGAGGAAAGACGCCAACUCAAGCACGCUUUCGAAGAAGCUGCCGGAGCGGCGUAUGGCCGGUUCGCGUACGCGCCCGCAUACCGGCUGGCAAGAAGACUCCUUCGGUUCGCGGUCGACGGCGGGAUAAAGUCGGAUGGCGACGUUGAAGAGGCGAAAGACCUGAUAGAAGAAUGGGAGACUGGCAAAAUACCAGAUAGGUAUAAUUAGGUACCUUCAAACAGAACCUUUAAGGUUCGGUGUUUGAGGUAGAUACCUUAACCCUAUCAACCUAAUAUAAUCAAGUAGCGUUGGACUUUGUCUUUUAUUAUUUAUUAUAAACGUUCAUAGCGAUUACAAUGAAAUUGACAGUCAAGUACGUACCUAA